AUGAUUACUCGUGAUCUUGCGUGGGGCUCGGGCCGAUUUUCUAGCCGAGUUCGUUUCCUCCUUGCAGUCUUCUCCGGUUGCGAUGUGAAAAAUAAGUACUGGGUGAGGAACAGCAUGGGCCAGCCGGUCUACACGGCCGUCGAGGACUCGGAUUGCUGCGAGAGAUUCUGCUGCGGUAGCAUGCGGUCUUACGGCAUGACGAUCCUUGACAAUUACGAGAACGAAGUCUUGCGUCUCCAUCGACCACUCAGAUGCGUCUCCUGUUGCUUCCCAUGCUGCCUCCAGAGAUUGGAAGUGUUUGCCGCAUCGGGUCAGCUGAUCGGGAAAGUGGAGGAAGAGUGGAGCAUCCUCUUUCCCAAAUUCCGUCUCACGGACCCGGCGGGCCAGAAACUGGCUCGCAUCGCCGGCCCCUUCUGCACCUGGAGCAUCUGCGGGGACGUGAAGGACACGGACGGGAAUACGAUCGGGAGGAUCGCCAAACAAUGGUCAGGUCUCCUCAAGGAGCUCUUCACCGUCGCGGAUAACUUCAGCGUCGCUUUCUCCCCGCAACUGGACGUGACCGUGAAGGCACUCAUCUUCGCUGCCACCUUCCUCAUUGACUUCAUCUACUUCGAGAAACCGCCCGAGUGGACUAACUGGAUUCGAUGA